AUGAGAAGUUAGAAAGUGAUAUUAAUGAAAAUAUUGAAGAAAAAUUAAUUUAUCCAGGAAAAACUGCUGAAUAUCUUCAUGCGAUUGCUGAUUAUUCUAAAAAAGACUACAAAACUCUUCAAACGAUUAUGUUGUCUGAUAAAGAAUGGAGUGCAAUACAAAAUCUUAUACUAGUAUUACAACCUUUUGCAGAAGCAACAAAUCUCUUGGGCAGCAGUACUUAUUAUACAUACUCAAUGAUGAAUCCUAUUUUAAUUAGUAUUAAACAACAAUUUAUGCUAUUAGCAUUAUGCAGCAAUUUUAUAAUGAUGGUAUUAGAUUUUUCAAAUAAUAAAACAGUAUUUGAUGAUAAUAAUACAAAUGAAGAAGCAAAAAAUCUAAAUACUCCAUUAAAUUCAUCACAAUCUCUUCUUCCAAGUAUUUUAGAUCCACGAAUUAAAAAUUUGGCAAUUGUGUCAGAAGCAAAUAGAUAUGCGACUGAAAAACUAUUAAAAGAAAAGUUUGUUGAAAUGAAAACUGAGUUGAGUUUAAAUGAUGCAUCAUCAUUUUUAUUAAAUUCAAAUUUUCAACAAAAGACUGUAAUUCAAAAAAUAAAACAACUUAAGAUUCUUGCCAAUCUUAAAAAACUCCAAAUUGCAGUAUUUAAUGAAGUUAGCGAAUAUUUAAAAUUGGAAGAAAUUGAUUUUGAAAGUGAUGCUUUUAAUUGGUGGUAUGAAAGACAUGAAAAAUUUCCAAUUCUAAAUAGGCUUGCUAAAAAAUAUUUAGCAGUUUAUGCCUGUUCUACAGCAUCUGAAAGAUUAUUUUCUAAUGCUGGUAAUCUUUUAACUAUAAAAAGAACAUGA